AGCAAACUUGCGAUCGUAAAGUAUAAGAAAUGAAAUUGAACAUUUACUAAAUUUUAUUUAUAAUCAAAAUAUGGGGACCGAGAUAGCUAUAUCGUUUAGUACCUUACGUGCUCAAUUAGAGAGUGAAAAAAGUAAUUUGUAUAAAAUUGAUGAAAACAUUAAGAAAAUUGUACAAACCUCAGGACGGUUUUCAGAUAGAUUUAACGCUCCUGCCGAUUACACAAGAGGUGGUUCGCGGUUAGGUGGUAGAAAUGCUUACCCUGACGUAGCUAAUAAUUACAAAAAUGAAGAUCAAUCGAAGCGCAAACAUGAAACCAAGACAGUCUUUAGCAGAUUAUCUGCAAGAUUCAAUGACAGUGAUGGAGAAGAUGACGGCCCAGGACCAAAGAGGAACAAAGUACCCUCAACAGUGUGCCGGGAGCUCCCGACCAGAGCUGCAGUUCUGCGAGCCCAAGGAGACGACGAACAGGCAAGGAAACGUAAUAGGAGAAUAUUUGGAUCAUUGCUUGGAACACUUCAGAAGUUCAAGCAAGAGGAGAUUGUCUUGCAGACUAAAGAAGAUAAAAGAGCACUAGUUGAAAAAAAAAUCGAGGAGCAGGCAAGAUUAGAAAAGGAAAGAGAAUUGAAAGAGCGAAAGACAUUAUUUGCUGAGCGGGAUCAUAAAAAAGCCACCAUAAAAGCCUUAGAAGCAAAGAUGGCACGUGUGCAUGAGUUUGAGAAGUGGGAAGCAUCACAGCAAUGCUUAAGUAACUUCAUUCUGACUAGAACCAAACCACAUAUAUACUGGCUACCAAAGAAGAUAUCGGAGAAAGCGACCGAAAGAUUAAAUUCCAGUAGAAAAUUCCAUGAGAGUUAUAUGGCGAGGAAACGGGAAGAAUUACAAGAUGAAUUACAACGGAUAGAGAAUAGGUGUCUCCGGCCAAGGGGUCCCGGUGCUAAGGAGAAUGAUCUGGAAAACCAUCAUAGGAAUUAUGUUUUUGAGAAAUCUCCUAUCAUUGAGGAAAUCAAGCAGGAGGAUAGGGGAAGGAAGAGAGAUAAGUUUGCUAUGGAUGUGGAUGAAAAGGAUCGAGAUGAAAGUGACGGUGAAGACAGACAUAACGAAGUUCAGGAAAACGAAGCGGAAAAAAUAGAAUCAGAUGAAAACAAAAUGGACACCAGCACAGAGCAGCAAACUAUUUCUGAAACCGAAGAAGCAACAAACAAAGAAGAUACAAACGAACCUAUCACUGCUAAUGAAUGUGAAGAAAUGAAAGAUGUGACAUCUGAUCCGUAACCAGCUUCAUGUACCGACUAUAUAAGGGAUAUCUUGACUUUAAUAAAAACU